AUGAUCAAUUCCAACAAAAUCCUCGUUGCCGCUGUCAAUGGACCGGCGCCUAGUUGGGGAACUACCAGUCUUGCUUUGGCGGAUCUUGUUUACGCCUCUCCAAGCGCGGUAUUCUUCACCCCUUUCGUUAAAUUAGGAAUCGCCGCCGAAGCGUGUUCCAGUAUAACGUUCAGCAAAAUCAUGGGUCAUCAAAAGGCGGCCUCGCUCCUUCUUGCUGGCGACAAAAUGACAGCUAAUGAGCUAGAAAACGCGGGAUUGGUUACGAAAGUUCUUCCCAUGCAGGACUUCCUGGAGAACGUGUUAGAAAUAUGUUAUCGAAUUGCGAGCCAGCCUCCUGAAGCGCUGCAGCUCAACAAGAGUCUUUUGAUGCGGACUUCCAGACAAGAGUUGCUUGAUGCGAAUGAAGCAGAAUUGCAGAUUCUCAGGACAAAGGCGCAGAGCCCUGAAGCCCGGUCGGCUGUCAACGCCUUUGUUUCUGAUCAAGGGCGAAAAAAACAAAAGAAAGCCCAAUCCAAACUAUAA